AUCGGCGAGAGCGCUCGGCUGAUCCGAGAGAUGUUCAAUUAUGCCAGAGAUCACCAGCCCUGCAUCAUUUUCAUGGAUGAGAUCGAUGCUAUUGGUGGGCGCCGCUUUUCCGAGGGCACAUCAGCUGAUCGAGAAAUUCAGAGGACUCUGAUGGAGUUGUUGAAUCAGAUGGAUGGAUUUGACACUCUGCACAGAGUUAAAAUGAUCAUGGCUACCAACAGACCUGACACCCUGGACCCUGCCCUGCUGCGGCCCGGAAGGCUGGACAGGAAAAUCCAUAUCGACCUACCAAAUGAACAAGCCAGAUUAGAUAUUCUGAAGAUUCAUGCAGGUCCUAUCACUAAACAUGGUGAGAUAGAUUAUGAAGCAAUCGUGAAGCUUUCAGACGGCUUCAACGGAGCAGACUUGAGAAACGUCUGUACUGAAGCAGGGAUGUUUGCGAUCCGUGCUGAUCAUGACUUCGUAGUUCAGGAAGAUUUCAUGAAAGCUGUCAGGAAAGUGGCUGAUUCCAAGAAGCUGGAAUCCAAGCUUGACUACAAACCUGUGUAAAUUAACCAUAGAAUUUGUGAUUUGAUUGUACACAUCCUACUGGGUUAAUGCAUAAAAAAAAAAAAGGAGAGAAAUAAUGUACCUCUUGAUUAUCAUUGUAAGGUGUUUGUGUAGCAUGUAGCUAGUAAUUUUGGGAAUGCUAGUUGCAAGUUGGCUACAGGAGUGUGUUUUCUGUACAAUUCUGAAAUGCAAUGUUCAUUACAGCCCAGGCUCAGUAAAAAUGUGUGGAGAUGUGUUGUUCUCUUAGCAAUUAUGGUGGGAAUUUAUAAACGUGCCUGAAGGGAUUCACGAACAGAAGAAAGUCAGUUCAUUUCUUGACUUUUUGUAUAUCAGUAAAUCUCCUUUCCCCAAACAGUUUAUGAAUAAAACCUGUUUAAAUCUGUU